AUUUGUGUACAAGGGUGAGGUGAAAAAUCCCUUCCAAAGCAUUCUGGAGUUGGGUUUAACGGAUGAGGAAACGGUAUUCUAUUUGGAGAAUUCUCCUCCUCAGUCGUCGGGGAGUGGUCCGGUACCGGCAGCGCCAACGCCGAGCGUGCCGAUGAUUUCUAAGAUGCUGCAAGAUCCGUUUGUGCAGUUGUUAAUGAAUUCACCGGACUUGUUGCAAAUAUUAUUUGACAGUAAUCCUCAGAUCCAGCAGCUUAAAAGAUCAAAUCCACAAAUCUCAGCACUCUUCUCCGACCCCAAAGAGAUCCUAGAUCUUAUGAAAACGCUCAGCAAUCCGGCUGCAGCCCGGGAGAUGCUCAAAGCCACCGACCGAGCACUCAAUAAUGUUGAAGCCGUACCUGGUGGCAUGGACGCUAUACGGUCACUCUACAAUGAUUUUACAACCAUGCCGGCAGAAGAAGAAGACUCGCCACCCCCCUCAGAUCCAACCCAUUUAGUUAUAAGACGGAACGAUAUCGAAGAUACUCCCUUUCCCAGA